AUCAAAAGAGUAUAUAUACUUAUACGUCAGAUAUCUACGUGGCUUUUAAAAAAAGAUUGGUUAGAUGCAGUUGCAUAACAGAAUUCCUCUGAACUCCAAUCACAGCUUAUCACACUAUCGCAUAACUGCAUCGGUUUUCGUGAGACCUUUGCACAAGAAUAUGCGCUACAUAAAAUCAUACAAUAAAAAAAAGACCAUCCCUAACAACACAUAAUCACACAAACACUGACACACACAUACACAUACACACACGCACCACAGGCCAUCACUCAUUAACUGUGAUGUUGAAGUCUUGGAGUACAAAAGUACACAAGGCCCUGCGGUACUGUCUCAUAACACAGUUGUUUUGCUGCACGGGUUGCUUCUCUCUCUCUCUCUUUCCCUGGAUCCUGGACGUCACUGUCACUCCUGGGGAACCCACUGGUCAGCUCCUAGGCGCUCCCCAUAUUAGACCGAUCCCAGAACAUAGGCAGCUGCCAGGAUGGACCGGCUUUUGAGGAGGUGUCGCAUUAGAAGCUCACUGGCUAGAGAGUGCCUGGCAGAAGGCCUGGGGGUCUACAUCAUGAUUCUGUUUGGCUGUGGCUCAGUUGCCCAGGUCACGACCUCAAGGGACACCAAAGGACAGUACCUGUCAAUCAACCUGGGCUUUGCCCUUGGGACCACUUUUGGCGUGUACAUCUCUAAAGGGGUUUCAGGUGCUCACCUGAACCCAGCAGUGUCUCUCAGCCUCUGUCUGCUGGGCCGACACCCUUGGAUGCGUCUGCCUUUCUACAUCGUCUCGCAGUUCUUAGGGGCCUUCCUGGCUGCAGCCACUGUCCACCUCCAGUACCAUGAUGCCAUUUCAACCUUUGGUGGACUCAAAGUGACAGGACCCAACGGCACAGCUGGCAUCUUUGCCACCUACCCAGCGGACUACCUCUCUCUGGCCUCUGGAGUCCUGGACCAGGUGGUUGGCACGGCAGCUCUGCUACUGUGUGUCCUGGCGAUCGGAGACCAACGGAACACACCGGCCCCUCGGGGCCUGGAGCCGAUCCUGGUGGGGGCCAUCGUCAUGGUGAUCGGCGUGUCCAUGGGAUCGAACAGCGGUUACGCCAUCAAUCCCGCACGAGACCUGGGGCCCAGGGUCUACACCUACAUAGCCGGGUGGGGGGAGGAGGUGUUCAGUGCGGGGCGGUCGUGGUGGUGGGUUCCGGUGGUGGCCACUUCGCUGGGUGCUGUGGUGGGAUCGCUGCUGUAUGAGCUGCUGGUUGGGGCACACUUCCCUGAUGCAGACGCAGACGCCCUCACGGAUGGACUCGUCCUCACCAACCACCCUGCGCUGGAGCUCGGGGGCAAACAACCGGACCGGGACAUUCCUAAACCGGCAAACCCUCUGACCUCCUAGGAGUGGCCGGAGAAACCCACCUGAGGCUGUGUAUGGAGAGUGAGGCGGAGAUUAGGUGCAGUCAGCGAUUGCGCAGGAAGUCACGUUUGUUUAUGUUUAUGUUUAUAUUUAUUAGCAGAUGCUUUUGUCCAAAACAACGUACAUUAUAUUUGAACCAAGGACCAAACAAACACACCACAGAGGUAGUCCACCCCUCUUUUCAGUAUUCCCAGAGAAAACUCCACACAGGGUUUUGUUUUUGUUUGGGGGACAGACUGCCCCUACUUUGUUUGUUCCCAGUUUUUGGAGCCUAGGCUGCCCACAGAGACUGUUUAGUUUACAGUGUACUCACGGAAUGGGCAGCUAGUGGAUCAUGGGGAGAUGAUUUCUGAACAGGACAAAAAAUGUUAUGGGCUUGAAAUCGCGUGUGAUCGCUGACUGCACCUUUAAGGACUCUUCUCCCAAAUGUGGUGGGAUGCUUAGUGCUCAGGGUGCCAUGACAGAUCUGAUGAAGCUUCAGAGUGAUAAUGCUGAUGAAGUCUUACCACAGUCCUCCUGAUCCAAUCUUGCUGUAGGAUUCUGACUACGCAGGGACUUCUAACACUUUUCUAUUCAAGAUUAUGGUAAUCGCAGUUUUAAAACGAUUAGAGGUAGAACUUACACAGACUGGGUCUGUCAGAUGUCUGAGGAUACUGUACUGCACUGAUAUUUGAUACAUACAUUUCAUGGGACUUAAAUUGGACUCAAAUAUCCUACUAAUCAGUUUGCCCUGGAAGUUUCAACAGGUUCAAUGCAUGAAGCUGCAUAAGAUCUACUGUAUCCCAUUACUAAAAUAUUCAUGGUUUUGGCUUGACUACCAGUAAGGGUGGAUUUUGAUUUGCUUGUGAAAACAAUGACUCGUUGGUUAAUAUCUUAUUUAGAUGGUGUAGUUUUGUUGAUCACCAUAAAACAUUGUUUAGAUAAUAACUACAGUGCCCACACCCACGGAUGAGUUUGGAAAAUACUUGGUAUUUAAAGCUAACAUUGUGUAAUUUCUUGAGUUGAUUCUGAUUGGUGUCUGUUGCAAUAUACCAUCUCACCACCAGAUGGGAGAAUUUAACCAUUAUCAGUCUUUGGCCAUGUAUGCAUCUCGUCAAGAAUAGUCUCAUGCAAAGAGAAACUCAUAAACUCUUUACACUUACAAUAAAACACAAAGUAGACUGUCACA